AUGAGUCUUUCUCAUUCUACAUCACCGAAUUUCGGAGGAAAGUCCGUUUUCAACACUACUGGUCGGUCUCAGUCAGUUACUGGCGACGGAUAUUUACAAGUAAAUAAUAAUUGCUUUGAAGAAGAAGAAGAAUGGCAAUCAAAGUUGGAUAAAUGGCGUGAAAAGCGUCGUCAAGCCUUACGCACGGAAGCAACGCAUUUGGUCUUACUACAAGAACGUGAAAGCAAGGAGAAUGAAAGGCGCAGAGAAGAAGCGAAAGACCGCCUACGCCAAGUCAAGAAUCAGCGUAGCCUUGUAGGUAGCGGCCAUAUAUCCUCAUUAGAACUAGCUUCACCACCAACGAUAAAAAGCCCUGGUGUUGCACUGUUAACGGGUAGUGCUUUUGAUCCACUGGCCGUUAGUCAUUUGGAAAGACACGUAGACGCAGUUGCAACUUCACAAUCUGUUCCUGUGAACAAAUCCCGAUCGACUGAAAGUCCAGAACUUCUUAAUUCAAACUCCUCUGAGAUUGACUUAAAUGGAAUUUCCGAUUGCUCCCCACCUGUGCGACAAACCAAAACAGAACUUCUAAAAAACACUACUGACAAAAUAAUCGAUAUUUCCCCUUCGAAGAAUGAUUCUAUCUUAAAACAUGCUAAAUACAACCCUAUUGAAAUAAUUCGCGAUCCUUCAACGGAUGGCCGUGCUCCACCUGAUAGUGGGUCUGAUAACCAAAAGCUUAUAUCCUCCCCAGAAACAAAAAACAGUGUUGAUUUAUUCACUAAGCAUGAAGAUUAUUCAGAAUGCAAAUUACGUUUAUCAGCAAGACCUGGAGUUUCAGAAUCAUGUUGGGGACUAACAGUUAAAGCUGAAGGUCCUUCAAAUACAUCCCCAUUUGUCGUUGAACGUGUGAAAAUAGGUAGUUCUGCAGAUAUCUGCGAGUUUCAAAAGGGUGACAUAUUAACGUGUAUCGAUGGCGUAAACCUGGGCAUAAAUAAACGAAAUAGUAACAAAUUUACUGAUCAAAUUACAAAAUUGAGCGAUCUAGAAAAAUUGAUGACACAGUUAGCUGUGACCAACAGACCUAUAACAGUUCUGGUCUUACGAAAGGCAGAUGAAUUUGACGAGGCUAACUAUGGUGAACAUGAUGCAGUUGAAGACUACGCGAUUGAAUCGUCAACCCAAAAAUCCUUAUAUUCACAAAGCAAUGUUGAUAACUCUGAUAAUGAAUGCUCUGAAGUAGUUAUCUCUCCAACUUCAGUUGCUUCUACUAAAGUGUCCGCUCCUGAUGCUCCAGUUUCGCAAAGACCUAUCACAAUUAGUCAUUCACUUCAUAUGAUGCAUUCUGAAAGUUCUAUUCAAAUUUCGGAUGAUGAAGUUAGCAACUCAUCUGUGUCAUCCAUCUGCGAAGAAAACGAUGUUCGUGUGUUUAACCGUCAGAAAAGAAGUGUUGUCGGCGUUUCAUCCACAUCAAGUUUUAGUAGUGAUAAGAACGAAGUUCGCGUAUUUAAAACGUAUCAAAGUAAAUUCGAAACUGAAAAAGUUGGAACCACAUGUAUGAGUACACCAAGUCAAUCAGACUUGAUUCACUGUAAUGGAACUUCAAGCGCUAAACAAGAUGCAGAGAUCACUUUAAUGGAACCAGUACAUUUUACACUAGCAACUGCAUCCAUACUAUCCCCCUGUAUUCAGACCAACUACCAGGUGCGAACACCCACAUUAGCUAUGGAAGAUAUUGCAACAGCUGUUUUUGAAAAUGAGAAUAAAUCUCAUGAGAAAAGCCGCUUUGUAAAUACAUCACUUGAAUACCUACCAACUUCUGCUUCAAAUACUGUUCAAACGUCUUCCAUAUCAACACUCAAUUAUGCAAAUGUAACUUCACCUUCUUGGUUAUCCCCAAGAAUGAGACAUACGUCACGAACAUUUCACAUUCAUCCAAAGCUUCCAGACUCAUCUAAUGAUAUACCUUUUCACAUACCCUCCGGUAGUCGGGGUUCGUUUACAUUGAAAUAUAAGCAGAAUUCGUUACCUAAUCCUCCCCCAUCAUCUUACUUCUUAUGUGAUGCAAAUCUAGUUAAACCAACACAAAUCAAUUCUGCUCGACCAAAUAUUCCUCCACGUCCCAUUUCCAAAACAUCUCGUGCACCCUCUCAGUUUUCAAGUUCCAUAACGGUCUCUGAGUCGAGAUCGCUCCCAUUAGUUUCCGGUGAGACUAGCGGAGUGAAUCCAACGAAAACUGGUUUUAUUUCUGAAUUAACCAAAAGUUCAUUCUCACAACCUUCAGAUUCCGAUGCUUAUCCGAAUACCUCAAAGAUUUUCCCUCCACCACCCCCUGCAGCACCUCUACCGGUAACUAAACAGAAACAACUACACCAAAAUCCGCUUCACAACAGCAAUCAGAAAACUGAUGUUGAAGGUUAUUUAGAAAAACCGGGAAUUGAACGUAAAGGCGUAAACUCUUCCAAUAAAGUCAAGACUCCAUUGCCAACGCCGCCUCAAAAAUAUGCAGAUUUAGAGGCUGAAGUUCCACCUGUCCCUCCUCGAACUCCACACGUGAGAAUAGUCGACCUUGACCAGUUAUGCGCAGCGUGUAAUGCAAAAUUAGGCUUUGAGGAUUCAAUGGUUAUCGAGUCAUUAAAUCUUUACUAUCACUUACCUUGUUUUGUGUGUGCAAGAUGUGGCAUUUUACUAGGCGAUGGCCUCUCAGAUGUUGAAGUCCGUGUUCGACGUAACUUGCUUUAUUGUUCAAGUUGCUAUUCAAAGGACCGCAUGAACUUGACUGAUAACAAGACUGAAUAUGAUCCAAAGACGCGUUCCCAACAGCCUGCUUCACAACCGCUAAAACCACCGAGACCAACUGACAGACGACAUCAUCGGCAUGGCUCUGAACAACAACCAUCUAAUCUAAAUAAACUUAGAUCAGGUAGAAAUAAUGCGGUUGUAAAAGCAAGUUAUUUUGCCAAGUUUUGA